AGUAACUUCACGUUCAAUACUCCUCUCAUUUCUAUAAAACUAAUUGUAUUUUUUGUCUACCAAUUGAGACAAAACAAAAGGAAUUUUUCUCUAUUCAAAGGACCUUAAUAUAUCCAUUUCUUGUUUAAUUUUUACCAUAUGGAAAAGGCAAAGCAAGUAGUUGGUUCCUCCUCUUCUUCUUCAUCUUUCACCAAUGAGCUAUUUGGUCCCAAAGAGCCUUCAAAUUCAACUCUCUUUGCUUCCGUUUUUGGUCCACCUUCCACGGGACUUAGAAGGGAUCCCAUUCACUCAGGGGAUCAUAGAGGUUCAUCAAGAAUCCAAGAUCCUGGGAACCAGUAUGGCAAUAAUACAAAAUAUGGGACUUCAGAUAAUGGAUCAAAAAGAAAUCAGAAUGAAAAAUUAGAAGCUCCAUGUAAUUUGAGUUCAUCUAUUUACUAUGGUGGUCAAGAUGUUUAUCCUCCAACUAAUCAGACCACUGGCUCCCAGAAUAAUAUUGUAAAGAAAGAUGGGGAUGGUUCAAACUCUGCUUCAAGAGGAAAUUGGUGGCAGGGAUCACUCUACUACUAAAAAGAGAAGCGGAGAGGCGUAGUUGAUGGAUAUUACAAAAUUUCAUUCCCUUAGGCUUUUUAAAGAAUUUCGCUCCUAUGUCGUAGGACUUGUAGCUCGGCAGUCCACCGGAUGGAUUUGUUUAUCCUUCCAGUUUUGAGUGUCUUCUUAGAUAGUUAUAGUGGUACGUUUAGUUGCUCGAUAGAGGAUAGAAGUGACCCGACUUAACUAUAUCGAAGGAUAUGAUGGGCUGUCCUCUCCUAGCAAAAAAACGGAUGUGCGCACCUUUUUUUUUUUUUUCGUUUUUCAGUUUGUAAAUCGGUAUAAUAUUAGUUCCUAUUUACAGUUGCUG